GUGCAUACCCCACCGCCAUUCUCUCUCCGUUUCCUGUUUAUAGCCACCUCUCGGCAUCACAAUCGCCAUUGAUUACCAAGCUGCUGCUGCAAUAUCAUUGCGCGCACAGAGAGAAAGAUACAUACAAUUGAGAGAGAGAGAGAGAGAUGGGAAAAAGAAGGCUAGCUCUGUUGUUAGUGGCGCUGGUGCUGGCGAUGUGUUUGGGGGGCGUGUCCGGAUUUGGCGGCGUAGGAGGGUGGAGGAGGAGGAGAUUAGCAGAAGGGUCGGAUAUGUUCCUGCUGAAGGAGAUGAAGCAGGUGGUGAAGACCGACGCUGGCAACAUGAGAGUGACGAGGUGUAGUAAUGCCGGCGGAAGGAUGAUGGAUCAGAGGCCCAUGCAUAUUGGCUUCAUCACCAUGGAACCCAACUCCCUCUUCAUCCCUCAGUAUCUCGAUUCCAACCUCAUCCUCUUCGUUCGCCGAGGAGAAGCAAGAGUUGGAUCGAUGCAUAAGGAUAAGAUGGUGGAUAGGAAUUUGAAGAGUGGAGAUGUGUAUAGGAUCCGGGCUGGGUCUGCAUUCUACUUGGUCAACACAAACGACAGUAAGCGGCUUCAUAUCGUUUGCAGUAUCGAGAGGUCAGAGAGUUGGGGAUGGGGCACCACGCAGUCUUUCUUCCUCGGCGGAGGAAGGUAUCCAACGUCCGUCCUUUCUGGGUUCGAUCCACAGACAUUGUCAACCGCAUUGAAUGUGUCAAUAUCAGAGUUGAAGGAUAUGAUGAGGAGGCAAGAAUCUGGCCCGAUCAUACGCCUCUCAAAUACCCAGCAGCCGCAAAGCGCAUGGGCCCAGUUCCUUGAACUCAAGCAGCACGACAGGCUCCAACACCUGAAGAGAAUUGUCCACUUUCAUGACCCAGAAGCAGCGGCUGCAACCAUAAUCCAGAAAAAGCAGCAACCAAAAUGGUCGUUGCGUGGAUUCCUCACCUCUGCGUUCGGGAAGGAAGCCAAUGGCGAUGAUGAUUAUGAAAAUAGGGUGGACAAAUCGUCCCACCCAUACAACAUCUACGACCGGAAGCCCGACUUCAAGAACGACUAUGGCUCCAGCGCCGUCAUCGACGGCUCCGAUUACUCCCCCCUCCACCACUCCGGGAUCGCCCUUCAUCUCGUCCGACUCAAAGCGGGAUCGAUUAUGGCGCCACAUCUGAACCCAAGAGCAAUGGAGUAUGGAGUGGUGCUGAAAGGGAAUGGCAGCAUUCAAAUAGUGUAUCCCAACGGAAGUAUGGCGAUGAAUGCAAGAGUGAGCGAGGGUGACGUCUUUUGGGUGCCACAAUACUUCCCGUUUUGCCAGAUAGCGUCUCGAUCAGGGCCGUUUGAGUUCUUUGGAUUCACCACCUCGUCAAGCAAGAACCGACCGGUGUUCUUGGUGGGCGCGCACUCGCUUAUGCAAAGCAUGAGAGGACCAGAGUACGCUGCCUCCUUUGGGGUCAGCGAGGAGAGGCUCCGCCGUGUCGCGGAAGCUCAACGAGAGACUGUUAUUCUACCGCCGCAAGAUGCAGCGCUGAUGCGGGGCGAAGGAGAGCACAAGGAGGAGAUGGUGAUUAUGAGUCUAGGCGCCGAAAUGGUGAUGGGUUUUGAUUAAGUUAUUUAUGUCGUAAUAAAGCUUUUUUGGAUUUUAUUCCUUUCCAGUUUGAUAGUUUUGGAAGCCUUUUUUAUGCUUUCAUGUUGCUUUGUUUUGCUUAGUUAAUUUUGUUUUAUCUCUUCUAGUUCUAGGCAUUUUUAUAUUAUUAAUAAAUAUG